GCAGGCCUUUUGGUGGGGCCCUGCAGCCUUGCCCAUGGGUGUAGGGAAGAUGGAGUCGUUGCUCAGCUAACUAAGUGGCAACCGAGGCACCGGAAAUCAUUGUUGACUUUUACCUGCCUCGAUUCUGACGGGGAAAGACAUGAACUUCGCACUCCAAACUAUGCCCAGGCCACCCAAGAGACACUACCCACCUGCUCCGAGGGCUUACCUCUGGCCAUACAGCAUAGGAACUUCGGCAAAUCUCUUUCUAAAUUUCCUGGUACCUGUGUUUAUGGAGUCCCUCCCCACAGAAAAUCACACAGAAAGGGUUAAGAGGAAGACUUUUGAGGCAUGGAAACUUCCAUUAGGUUUGGAAGAAAGUAGAAUGAAUGCAGAGAUACCAGACUGCCACUAAGACCCAUGGACAAUCCCACACUCAACGCUUCUCUGUCGAACUUGAAGAUUAGUAAUAUGCUGCCUUCGCAAGAUGAAAAGAAACUAAUGCCAAGAAGGCAUAUUCUUCAGUAUUUGGAGUAGACGUGCUCUCAAGACCAUGGCUUCGAAGGUCUCCUGUUUAUACGUGCUGACAGUUGUGUGCUGGGCCAGCGCUCUCUGGUACUUGAGCAUAACUCGUCCCACUCCUUCCUACACUGGCUCCAAGCCCUUCAGCCACCUAACAGUCGCCAGGAAGAACUUCACGUUCGGCAACAUAAGAACUCGACCUAUCAACCCACAUUCUUUUGAAUUUCUCAUAAACGAGCCCAACAAAUGUGAGAAAAACAUUCCUUUCCUCGUGAUCCUCAUCAGCACCACCCACAAAGAAUUUGAUGCCCGUCAGGCAAUCCGAGAAACAUGGGGGGAUGAGAACAACUUUAAAGGGAUCAAGAUAGCCACCCUCUUCCUCCUGGGCAAGAACGCCGAUCCUGUUCUCAAUCAGAUGGUGGAGCAAGAGAGCCAAAUCUUCCACGACAUUAUCGUGGAGGACUUCAUUGAUUCCUACCAUAACCUUACCCUCAAAACAUUAAUGGGGAUGAGGUGGGUGGCCACUUUUUGUUCAAAAGCCAAGUACGUCAUGAAAACAGACAGUGACAUUUUUGUAAACAUGGACAAUCUUAUUUAUAAACUACUGAAACCCUCCACCAAGCCAAGAAGAAGGUAUUUUACGGGCUAUGUCAUCAAUGGAGGGCCAAUCCGGGACGUCCGCAGUAAGUGGUAUAUGCCCAGGGAUUUGUAUCCUGACAGUAACUACCCACCGUUCUGUUCUGGGACUGGUUAUAUCUUUUCAGCUGAUGUGGCCGAACUCAUUUACAAGACUUCACUCCACACUAGGCUGCUUCACCUUGAAGAUGUAUAUGUGGGACUGUGUCUUCGAAAGCUGGGCAUACACCCUUUUCAGAACAGUGGCUUCAAUCACUGGAAAAUGGCCUACAGUUUGUGUAGGUAUCGCCGCGUUAUCACUGUGCAUCAGAUCUCUCCAGAAGAAAUGCACAGAAUCUGGAAUGACAUGUCAAGCAAGAAACAUCUCAGAUGUUAGGAUUUUUACCAAUGUAAAUAUGUUUCUUUUCUUUUUUAAGAAAUGGGGCCUAGGGUGUUGGUAUUUUACAGGUGUCACCAGGAGAAAUAAACUGGUGAAGGGGUUUUGUAAAAAGCUUUUUCUUCCUGUCAUUGUUCCUUUCUUGUAUUACCAAUUUACAAAUGUUAGGCUCUGGUCAUAGAAAUAAUGCAUAAGUUAGAAGGGCCAGAUUUUAUUCUCAGGUCCUAAGGCAUUUAUCUCAAAAAGCAACUUCCUAACAAGUGCUAGGAUUUACAUGCUGUGCAUCUGAGAUAAAAAUCUGGUUCUGGGACAUUGAAACUCAUGGUUAUGUCUUCACAUCAUCUCUGCCAAACUAAAUAAGUAACUCCUUCAAGAAACAACUCAGAAAUAAUGCAUAGGCAGGAAGACGCACUGGAUGUGAUUAUUAAUAUUGUGUGUGCUGUUACAUUGAAUUUUUAUACAUAUUGCCACAUACUGUGUACAGCACUUGUGGUUCCAACAAGAAAUGAAGUUCAUACUUGCAGGGAGGCUGCAGUCAAAUAAAUGAAAACUUAAACUUGAGAAUCAAAUACUCUGUAUGUUUGGAAGACAAUUCUGCUUGCUCAUCCGACAAACAUUACCUGGUGCCUCCAAGGAGACUUUGCCAAAUGUCACCUGCUACCCUCCAUACCAUGUCGCCAAGUACAUUUUACAGUUUCUGGCUCAGGCAGGCACAUAUGUAGAAAUGAGUUGGUAGGAGGCCAAAAGAACAAUAAAUCACACAGAGAAAAUGUAAAUUUAUGUAUGCAUUAUAAUUAACAUAAGCAUAGCAAUAGUAUAGGAUGCCCUUCCCACACAUUUGCAAAGCAUGUGAGAAAAUCUUUUAACAGGUGCCAAUGUUACUGAACGAUUUAGCCCUGCAGUUAAUAGCUGUAUUACUCUCUAACACCCAAAACAUCCAAGUACCUCUAGCAGCAAUGCUGGUAGAAGGUGUUCUGGAGGCUCUGCCAUUGAGGUUCAUAGGAAAGAAGAGAGGGAAGCUUGGGUUCAGGUUCUACUGAUGCCGUCAUAUUCGUUGGGUGAUGUGAGCAGGCAUCUUAACCUUGCUAUGCUUCAAUAUGCUCAUUUAUAAAAUGGCUGGAUAAAAAACACCUACUUCACAGGUACUGUGAGAGCAAAUCGCAUUUGCUAAGUAUUAGUACAUAUACGGUGCUAUGUAAUGCAAUGUAUCAUGCAUUAUGCUUAUUGGUAAAAUAAUUACAUAAUUACAAUGAUGGUCAUCAGUAGUAGUAAUAUCAUCUUAAUGUAAAAUAAAAUCUGCCAAGAUAAAGGUCGAAUAUGAACUAUGAGUGCACCAGAUUCUUCUAAGACGUUAAUUUUUCCUUGGAAAUGUUAGGUGUUUGGGGAAGCUUCAAUUUCUCUGUCAUUUCUUCUGGUUUCAAUGACUAAGUUAUUAUUUCAGUGCAUUACCUUGAUUUCCCAGGGUGCUGAAAGCAAAGGCAGCCACGGGGAGGAGCUUCUGGCUGAGGGCGUAUUAGAGUAAUCGAAGCAUGUGCUUUGCAAAAUGUAUCACAUCAACUUAGAUCUCGGGAAGCACUAGAUCUGAAUUCCCAGGAAGAGCUUUCAGGAACCAUAGAGGCAGUCCACUUCUAUUAGGAGAACAGGCAGGCACUCAGCAAACCUACAUGUUGUACAUCUUCUACCAUUCAAUAGAAAACUUCAGUUUGUUUUCAUUCAAAGGCUCACAACUGUAAGUGUAUCCCUUUUUUUUUUUAACCUGACCUUUGGAAGCCCCUCCUAGAAGUUGAUAGCAAGCAAAUAGAGAAAAUGAAUAAAUUUAAGUCAUGGUCUGUUUCUUGAAAAUACUGGAUUUCUUAUCCCCAGUCCAAAAGAACCUAUCAUGAGACAGGCCUCCCAGUCCCUUAAUACAUCUUCAUCUUACAGUCAGCAGGACUGCUGAGUUCGAUUAGAAAACAGCAUUAGGUAGCCUGGGGAGGAAUGGAUCAGGAUAAGGUAAGCCACCCUCCAACCUUCAACCACUGUGAGUUCCCAUCACCGGAAAGGUCUCAUGACUUUGUACUUGGUUCGCCUUUCAAUCGUGUGGCCAGGUCAGGCCUCUGUCCCAUUCUACCAUCUUGCGUUUACCUUAUGCUUAGUCAAGCCACCUUUGGUGUCAAGGAAUUGCACAUUAGAAACAUCAUAUAUGUACAUCUAUGAAUUGGUAUGUGUGUAUGUGUAUGUGUGUGUACAUUAUGAAUAGAGCCCUAAUCUUUAAAAGGAGCAAAAAUCAGUGAAUCAUAUGUCUUAAAGAACUAUUUCCUAACUUUUUUAUGCUAGGUAGUGCCCAUGUGACAAACAUGUAAAUAGUCAUCAGAGACCAUAUGUAUAUAUUUUAAAGGCUUUUUUUCCUCUUCUCCCCAACAGUACGUAUAGCUAGAAUGUGCUUGCUGUAUACAUUUUCUUCUGCAUGGAGCUUGGUGAGGCAAGGUCAUUUGUCCAGUGUUUCAAUAGCCUAAAGCAUGUUUGCCCUUCGUUUUCUGAAUGUUCAAAAUGUUUAAGUCAAGUAAUCAAAAAGCUCUAAUUUUCUACUUUUGUUAAUUUUAUGACACUGGCCAAUUAUGGUUUCAGUUAUUUGUUAUGUCAUUUAAAAAAUUUAUUAUCAUUUCUCUGGCAUAAAAUAAUGUUUCAGACAGUAUUGUACUAGGAGUCAUUCAGACAAUUUUUACAAAAAACCUUCUGACUGUCCCUCCACCUGUUUUGUUCAUUUUGCAUUGAAUAGCAAAAGGUAUCAAUAAUCAGCAUCUGUACACUUAAAUUUUCUUUUUAAAAUUUAUUUUUGAAAAAAAAAGUUUUAUCUUUGGUGGCUAGUUUGUGUGGCUUUGUGUCUUCUUAUAUUGGCACAAAUGCCAGUUUUAAUAUAUAAUGUAUUUUUAAAUAACCAGAAUCAAAAAAUGAAGAUCAUUUUUUAUUUGGAUUAAAUUCAGAAGAACAAAACCCCUUUACUUGAUAUGCUAUGGGGAAAACAAACUCUUUACAGAGAAGCUAAAGAAGGAGUCUUUCAAUCAAAGCUCUUCUAUCAAAAGACAAUGGAAUAUUUACAUAAUGCAUCUGGGAUUCAUUUUUUACCUUUCCUAAUAUGUGGGUUUAGUGGGGGAUUGAUUAUGUCAUUUCUUCUGUAAAGGUGAAGAUACUUUUUAUGAGCAACAAAGUAACUUGUGAAUGAAAGAAGUAAUUUACUAGAAAUGCUUGUUGAUGAUAAUUGACAUUGAGGUAUAUCGUUAUAUAUGAAUGAUUGUAUUUAUGUAUUUAUUUGUCAAAAUUGUACAUACUAUUUCGCCAAACGUAACUGUCUGUAAAAGUGCACUCUCCAGGUUCGUAGUACUAUUUAGGGUUACAUGGGUUGCCAAUCAAGCUGCUAAUCAGAAUACUAUUUUUUGUAUCAAUGUUAUAAAACUGAAAAUGACAAAUAGAUGCUGAAGAUGUCCUUACAUUCAGUUUCUUCACCUUCCUCUUGAAAUGUAAACUGUUGAUUGAAAGCACGAUGCUAAUGUAUAAGCCCAUCUGUCAUGAGGAACAUUAUGGUUCCAUAACGCUGAUUUUUUAAACCAUUGGGACAAAUAAACAGA